AAACAAGAGUUUUGACAAGGCACGGCGACCCAAUAUCCCCACAGCAUCGUUUAUCGGUGGCCAGUAUUGCAUAUAUGGUUGAAAUACUCCGGCAAGACGCACCAAAUUAGAGACCCAAACUCUCUAAUAUUAUCUGCCCUUCCCGCCGCCUAGGGCCGCCCACUGGAGCAUGGAACUUAGCUAUUCGAGACGUUGAGCCAUGGCAUUCGAUCGACGGAAAACUGUUCUUUUCAGCGCUGCCAUUGCGCUACGGCUCUUGCUCUUCAUUGCGUUCCCUUCUCUCCCAGAUCUCUUGACCGGACGCGUGGAGAUAUCGACACCCGUAACAAGCUUCAAGAGACUCCAGGAAGGUCUUUUCCUAUAUACGCAUAAUGUUUCUCCGUACGAUGGCGGGGUUUAUCAUCAGGCUCCGCUGCUGCUCUCCCUAUUCUCCCUGCUUCCCGAACAUUCCGCGCAUCCCCUUGCGACUGCGAUAUUAUACAUUGUUGUGGAUAUUUUGAGUGCGCAUGCUGUCAUGCAAAUUGCAGAAACUGGAGAAUCUGGCUCUUCGCGACUUUUUACUUCGCCAAGAAAGGACCUGAAAUGGGACAGUAUAGAUAUUGGUGCAGCAUAUCUGUUUAAUCCUUUUACGAUUGCAACCUGUAUAGCGCGCCCGACGAGCGUCUUUACUAACUGUGCGAUACUCUACGCUACUGCUAAAGCUGCUCGGGGCAAUACUUUGACCUCGGUAUUUGCCCUGGCUUUGGCUUCUUACCUCUCUUUAUAUCCGGUCCUACUCUUCCCGCCGCUCCUUCUCCUCUGCUACGAUCGACUCCUACGCAAUAACAAGAGCACCGAAAAGCUAGGAAGUGUCUGGAGAUUUGCCAGUACAGUGACUGUGAAAUAUGUCGCGGCUAUCGGAUCGCUGCUUUUCAUUUCAUACACUAUUACUGAUGCAUCUUGGGAGUUUCUUGCAUCUACAUAUGGCGUGCAGCUUCUGCUGCCAGAUUUGACGCCCAAUGUGGGCCUGUGGUGGUACUUUUUUAUUGAAAUGUUUGAUUCGUUUAGAGAAUUCUUCUUGGGGGUGUUUUGGCUGCAUCUGGCAUCUUAUGUCGGUGGUCUGACCGUCAGAUUGCGUACCCAACCGCUUUUUGUAGUGACCACUCUUCUCGGCAUCUUUGCCAUAUUCAAACCCUAUCCCAGCAUUUCAGAUACUUCGCUAUACCUCGCCUUGCUUCCUUUAUACCGACAUGUCUUCCCGCUAAUGAGAUAUACCUUCUUUGCCGUAGCUACUCUACUGUACGCCACCUUGCUCGGUCCCGCGUUUUACCAUCUCUGGAUCUAUGCCGGGUCCGGCAACGCCAACUUCUUCUACGCCAUCACUCUUGUAUGGAGCUUGGGUCUGUCCGUCAUUGUCGGUGAUUCCUUAUUCGCCGUUUUGCGCGACGAAUGGGAAGUCGAGCGACCCGAAAUGAAGGGCAAGGAAGUGAAGCGCAUAUAGACUCUUGUAGUCGUCUGUUUAAGCAUUUCCAUGUAUAUCCUCUUUCGUCAACGCCAAAAUAAAAAAAUGUUCCUUCUCAUGACCCUGACUUUGUUCUUCUCAUUUGCCGUUGACUUCUCGCCUCAGCGGUUUCGACAUGAUGAUAUAACUCGGCUUUUCGACCUUCCCACUUCUCAAUUUCCUCGGCGGCGGCGAAAACUCGUCUUCUACGUACCCUAAA